CACAAGAUGGCGGCGGAGGGGAGGGCGCGGUGGAGGCGGGACGGUAGCAGGAAGCGGCGCGCUCUCCGGUCCCCCCGGCUCCUGACCUCACACGCAGCGCCCGCCGCGGGCCAGGCGCGCCCCCGCCUGCUGUGAAGAUGCGGCCGCAGCCCCGCGCAGCGCACAGUGUCGCUGGAGAAGAGAGCGAGGCCCGCGCCCCAACCCGCAAUUUGCAUGUGCUGAGAAAUGGCCAAUGAGAAUCACGGCAGCCCCGGGGAGGAAGCUUCUCUGAUGAGUCACUCACCUGGUACCUCUAACCAGAACCAGCCCAGCUCCCCGAAACCCAUCCGACUGGUGCAGGACCUGCCAGAUGAGCUGGUGCAGGCUGGCUGGGAGAAGUGCUGGAGCAAACGGGAGAAUCGCCCUUACUACUUCAACCGUUUCACCAACCAGUCACUGUGGGAGAUGCCUGUCCUGGGACAGCAUGAUGUCAUUUCAGAUCCUCUGGGAUUGAAUGCUGCUCCAAUGCCUGCGGAAGGAGGAGUGUUGGAAACCGCUCCGGAGAGCAAGCCAAGGAAGAGGAGACUCUCUGAGGAACUUCAGCCCAGUGGUAACAGCGUGAAGAAACCUAAGGUGGAUGUUCCAGGGAACCCUACUGCCCAGCCAGUCCCCAGUUCUCCCAGUAUUCCAGGAACCCCUAUUUUAAAAUUAUGUGGUUUUACACCCGAAGAUAAACAACAGGCAGCUCUUUUACGACCAACUGAAGUAUACUGGGACCUGGAUAUCCAAACAAAUGCAGUGAUUAAGCAGAGGGCACCGUCUGAAGUGCUGCCUCUGCACCCCGAGGUGGAGCUGCUUCGAUCCCAGCUUAUACUGAAGCUGCGGCAGCAUUACCGGGAGCUCUGCCAGCAGCGAGAGGGGAUUGACCCUCCACGGGAAUCCUUUAAUCGCUGGAUGUUGGAGCGGAAGGUUGUGGAUAAAGGGACAGACCCUCUGUUACCAAGCAACUGUGAGCCAGUAGUCUCUCCUUCCAUGUUCAGAGAAAUCAUGAAUGACAUUCCCAUCAGAUUAUCCCGAAUCAAGUUCCGUGAGGAAGCCAAGCGACUGCUAUUCAAAUAUGCCGAAGCUGCGAAACGGCUUAUUGAAUCCAGGAGUGCAUCACCAGACAGUAGGAAAGUUGUGAAAUGGAAUGUGGAGGACACCUUCAGCUGGCUGCGACGGGACCAUUCGGCCUCUAAGGAGGACUACAUGGACCGCCUAGAGCACUUACGUAAGCAAUGUGGGCCUCAUGUGUCUGCUGCAGCCAAGGACUCUGUUGAAGGCAUCUGCAGUAAGAUUUACCACAUAUCACUCGAAUAUGUCAAGCGGAUCCGGGAAAAGCAUCUUGCCAUCCUCAAGGAGCACAAUAUAUCUGCCGAGGUAGAAGCACCGGAGGUCCAGGACCGGCUUGUAUACUGUUACCCAGUGAGACUGGCCAUCCCUUCCCCACCAGUCCCCAAUGUAGAAAUGCACGUGGAGAACAAUGUGGCAUGUGUUCGGUACAAGGGGGAGAUGGUGAAAGUGAGCCGCAACUACUUCAGCAAGCUGUGGCUUCUCUAUCGGUACAGUUGCAUUGACGACUCUGGCUGUGAGAGAUUUCUGCCCAGGGUUUGGUGCCUUCUCCGUCGGUAUCAGAUGAUGUUUGGUGUUGGUCUGUAUGAAGGAACUGGCCUGCAGGGGGCACUCCCGGUGCAUGUCUUUGAAGCCCUCCACAAGCUCUUUGGAGUGAGUUUUGAAUGCUUUGCCUCGCCCCUGAACUGCUAUUUUAAACAGUACUGUUCGGCCUUCCUGGACACAGAUGGGUAUUUUGGAUCCAGGGGCCCAUUCCUGGAUUUCUUCCCCAUAAGUGGCUCUUUUGAGGCAAAUCCUCCAUUCUGUGAGGAACUGAUGGAUGCCAUGGUCUCUCAUUUUGAGAAACUACUGGAGAGCUCCAGUGAGCCCCUCUCAUUCAUUGUCUUCAUCCCUGAGUGGAGGGACCCUCCGACGCCAGCCCUGACCCGUAUGGAGCAAAGCAAGUUCAAGCGGCACCAGCUCAUCCUGCCAGCCUUCGAUCAUGAAUACCGCAGCGGGUCUCAGCAUAUCUGCAAAAAAGAGGAGAUGUACUACAAAGCCGUGCACAACACUGCUGUCAUCUUCCUCCAAAACAACGCAGGCUUCACCAAGUGGGAGCCCACGCCGGAGCGGCUGCAGGAGCUUGUCACAGCCUAUAAGCACUCAGGACGGACCCUCAGUUCCACGGGUUCCUCCUCCACCUCCUCUUCCUCCUCCAGUUCUUCCUCAACAGCAGAUAAAGAUCGGGAGACGGGCGGAGAGCAAAGCACCAGCCGGGAGACCAAUGCCAAUUAAUCUGCAGAGGGCAGUGUGCGGGGACAGACAGCAGGGGCGAAGGUAACAGGGCUCCAGAGGAGGGGAGGUUCGAUGUGGCAGGUGGAGGGACUGCUGGCUGUGCAGGGCCAAGCCUGGGGGACUCUCUUCGGGCAGCUCCACCCUGCUUGCUUUCCUCUGUCAACCUGCAAGGCCCCUUUCCUCACCAGAAUCGAGGGAGAUUCCCUCGCCUUAUGCCCUGUGGGAAGACGAUUGGUUGCUGCCCUCAACGAGGGGCAAAGAAGCCAAACGUCGCAGUCAUAGGAAGAGUCUGCAGCCCCUUCCAACACUAAAGCUCUGAGGAAGAGGCAGCUGGAGCUGGGACGGCUGCACAGAUGAAGGAAGGAUGGACGGACUGACAGACAGAGCUGUGGCCUAGAAGGUCCCUGGCAGCUGGCUGAAGCCUGUCAUUUCCAAGAGAAAAGCUGGCAGGGUCCAGAGGCUCUUCCUGCUGGCCUGGCACCACCAGCCCAGCUCCGUGUCCAUAGUGUAAAUAGUUCUGUCCGUGGCGACCAUGCUCCCUGCAGGGUUUGUUUCCGUAGCAUCCAUGUUUCCUUUCCACAUGUACGAGUUCCGUGUUUGCCGAAGCUGUUUACCGUAUACAAGAAAAGCAGAGAAAAGGAAUUUCUUUGUGUGUAAAAACGUCUUUGCAGCUGUUUUGUAGUCGUUGUGGUUUUUACCCAGAGCCCUCUGGGCUUUAUUUAACCUCCUUGGGUUUUGUUUUUUAAAGGAUUAAUUUAACACCGCUAACCGUUUUAUUACUUUUAUCAAAGAAAGCAAAGUAAAGUCUAUUUUUGAUUUUUGUUUCCUAGUUCUUAGGGACAUUAAAAACCAGCAUUACAGCUCC